UUUUUUUGAGUUUUGAGGUGGCACUUUGAGACCCCACUUGAGAAAAGUUUGGUAUUAUUGAAAAGGAAUAUAUAAUUAUUGUUUUUGGUUUUGAUGUAAUUUCAAGAAUGGAAGUGUGUGCUCCCUCUAUUGAAAGCACAAAGAUUUGUUCUUUCACUUUCCAGUUCCUAAAGAAUUUCUUCCAACAAGAGGCUAAUGAUUUGUAGUUCAAGCGAGUGAUUCGAGGAGAAACCUGUGAUUAUCGAGACAUAAAUAGGGAAUAGAUAUAAUGUCUGCUUACUAUUCAAAUUUGUCCAAUCAAAGAGAGGGCUUGUCAAUGUCUUUUUUGCCAGACCAGAAAUUUGCUUCUUAUCAGUCAACUGGUCUUUCUGAUAGUCCGGUUCAUCUAAACCAGCAUUCUGCAUCAGUCUCAUAUUCGGAGUUGCCUGGUCAAAACUAUGGUGAAGUUCAAACAAUGAAAGACAAAGAUGAGAUGUUAUUCAUUCCACCAACCAGUGAAUCAGGAGGUAUGCAACCAAUUGGUAGGGUGGUGAAUGCUGUACCAAACUUUUUGGAGAACUCAGUUAUGAUGGAUCCUCAUUCUUUUCCAAUGAAACAGCUUCUUGUGCCUAACGGUGAACAAAGCCUUCAAAAUCAAGGAUUAUCUCUUAGUUUGGGUACACAAGUUCCUCCUUCGCUUCAUGUGUAUUCAUAUCAAGAUGACUAUACGAAUUCUAGUCUAUCUUCUCUAGUGGGUACCCAUGUUUUGCACUCGGAGCAGGGAUCGGAAAACAAGGAAUCUAAAGUUGCUGAGUAUUUGUCAUUUGAUCUAGCUGGAGGAACUAGAGCUGCAAAUAAUCCCCAAAGCUCCAUGACCCUUAGAGAAUUAAACUCUGGUGUACAUUCGCAUGUAGGAUCAGGAGCUGCAGCAGCCAUUUACAAUUCCAAAUAUCUAAAGGCUGUUCAAGAUUUGCUUGAUGAAGUAGUUAAUGUUCAAGAAGCUCUAAAACAAUCAGAUAAACUACGUAACUUCAAUUUGCUCGGCCAUGAUCGCUCAAAAGAAGCUGAUUUUAAAUCUAGUAGUUCAGCUACUGGUAUAUCUGGUGAUCAUAAUAAUUCAACUAAAGGUGAACUUUCAGCUACAGAACGACACGAUCUUGAGAGCAAGAUGACAAAGCUCUUUUCGAUGUUAGAUGAGGUGGAUAGGAGAUACAAAGAAUAUUACCAGCAGAUGCAAGUAGUGGUAUCUUCGUUUGAGAUGGUUGCUGGACUUGGUGCAGCUAAACCAUACACAUCACUUGCCCUUAAAACCAUAUCUCGCCAGUUUCGCUGCUUGAGGGACGCAAUCAAGAAGCAGAUACAAGUUACACGUCGAAGCUUGGGGGAGCAGGGUGAUAGUCAAGGGGAAAGGUUAUAUCGUCUCCGUUAUGUGGACCAGCAAUUGAGGCAGCAAAGGUCCCUUCAGCAAUUUGGAAUGAUGCGCCAGCCUUGGAGGCCACAGAGGGGCCUUCCAGAGACUGCUGUUUCAGUCCUUCGUGCUUGGCUUUUUGAACAUUUCCUCCAUCCCUACCCAAAAGAUUCCGAGAAAAUCAUGCUGGCGAGGCAAACAGGUUUAACGAGAAGUCAGGUGGCAAACUGGUUCAUAAAUGCUCGAGUGCGUCUUUGGAAGCCCAUGAUUGAAGACAUGUACAAGGAAGAGUUUGGUGUGGCAGAAGCAGGAUCCGGAGCUUCACCAGAACGAGUACCACUAGACUCCAAAGAGAAAUCAAUAGCUGAAAACACAGGAGAAGAGAUUCCAGAAAGCUUUACUACUCCAGCUGCUAACUGCAGUCAUCUCGAUCCAUCUGACGAGUCAAGUAAUAUUGUUACUAAUGUACACAACAAUUCAUUUACAGCCAAAUUUAGCUUCCAAGACGGUGUUUAUGAACAUGAGAGGAUUGAUUGUGGAUCAAGUAAGUUGCAGAGCGAACAAAUUCCUAUUGCUCAUGGCUUUGGUCCUAAACCGACUAGUGACGGAAGCAUCAUUGGUGCUGUCAACACAUACCAUCCUUCCAUGUUAGGUGACAUAAUGGGCAAUCAAGUAUCACUCGCUCUGCGUCUGCAAAACAGUCAAAUGGACCAGCAGCCAAUGUCUGGUAGGCCACAGUUAAGACAGGACGAUAAGACGGAUUCUACUCAUGUGGACAUUAGUAAAGGUGAGUACUACUAUAUCGAUCCAGUAAACCAGCAAGAAAGGUUCUCAGGUCCUCAUCUUCUAUCCGAUUUUGUAGUGUAAAAAAAUGAUAUCUUGCAUAUAUUGGUUAUAAGACUUUUUUCCACUUAUUGUAUCAACGAGAAGUGGGUUACCAAUUAUGUAAAUAUACUAUUGGAUAAUCCAUCUGUAUAAUAGUGAGGACAUUGUGAAUGUUAGUCUAGAGAUAGAAUCCUCAAUUGAUACACAUAUUGUAAUUUUGUAUUUGAAUAUGAGAAUAAAGCUUGCAGAGAAUAUGAAAUUGUAAGUUUCUGUUCCACCA